AUGGGAAGUGAUCAAAUUGAAGGCGUAUCUUUGUACGGAUCCGAAUUAUCGAGAGAUUUACACUUGGAAUCCGAUGCUUUUGCUAAAAUGGAUCAUCUUAGAUUUCUCAAAUUCUAUGGUGGCUUUGCCUUCACUGAAUUGCACCUUCCUUCUAGUAGUCUUUCGAUGGAAGUGACCGAAUUGAAGGCAUAUCUUUGUACUCGAUCCGAAUUAUCGAGAGAUUUGCACUUGAAAUCUGAGUCUUUUGCUAAGAUGGAUCAUCUUAGAUUUCUCGAAUUCUAUGGUGGCUUUGCCUUCACUGGAUUGCACCUUCCUUCUAGUGGUAUUUAUGAUGAUGACCAAAUUGAAGGUGUAUCUUUGUUCGAAUCCAAAUUAUCGAGAGAUUUGCACUUGAAAUCUAAUGCUUUUGCUAAAAUGGAUCAUUUUAGAUUUUUUGAAUUCUAUGGUGGCUUUGACUUCACUAGAUUACGUCUUCCUUCUAGUGGGCUUUCGAUGAGCCGAGGUAUCUACAUUGGGUGA